AUAAAAAUAAUGACGGAGUUUUAACUUUGGAAGAAAUUUCGAAUGCUUUGACAAAAUAAGAAAAUUAAUAAUUAAAAGAAAUAGAAAGUGUUAUUAAUUCUCUUGAUUCCGAUGGAAAUGGAACAAUUAAUUAUACUGAAUUUUUGGCUGCUUCUAUUGAGAAGUCUUUAUAUUUAAAAGAAGAAAGAUUACUUUAAGCAUUUAAAAUGUUUGAUUAAGAUGGAAGUGGUAAAAUUUCAAAAUAGGAAUUGAAAAAUGUACUAGGAGAUUAAGAAGAAUAUAAGAAUUAAGAUGAUAAUAUUUGGGAUCAAAUGAUUCAAGAAGCUGAUAAAAAUGGAGACGGUGAAAUUGAUUUUUAUGAAUUUGUAGAAAUGAUGAAUACAAAAGAAAAAUAAUGA